GCUGUUACGUCUCGGUAAUAAGCGGGACUGGGGCCUGUGUGUACUGUAUAUCAACUAACAGUCACUUGUCUGCGGUUAUGGUUCUUUAAUUACAUAUUUGUUUACGUAUUCAUGUACCGCUCCAACGAAUCUAAUAAAAUAUUGGUAUACCUAAAAUAUUUUUAAAAUGGUACGUAUGCCCCAUGAAGAUUGCGUGAGUUAUGUAAUAUACUGAAAUCAUGUUAUAUCCGUGUCACUGUCCCCUGUCUUAGAAUAAGAAAUGGAUUUAAGGAACAAUUAUUUAGUUAAAUUAAAUACUGUCACUGUUUUGAGCCUGUUUCGGAAUCAGUGUUUAGCUCCAUUACAUUUCAUGUGGGGCAGCCUUCCUCUAACUCCUAGUCACUUCAUGACUUAACUUUGUGAUGAUGAUGACUAGCUGUCUAAAUCUUCAUAUGAUAAUGAUAUAGGCAGGCUAACUAUAUGAAUAUAGGUCUAAAUAUUAUCUCUAGUCUUGUAGUUGUAGGCCUAAGGCCUAAAUGUAUUUCCUUCACUAUGACUAUUACUAUUACUAUUAUUAUUAUAAAUUAUAAAGUAAAUUACUGUACUGUAAAUAGUUCUUUUGACUUUGAUUUGAUUAAUUUGAUUACAGUUAUGGACAAAGUGGUGUUGUGUCUGUAGUACUAUUAUUCAUAAUUACAGUAUUACUGACAGUAUUGAGGUUUUUGCACCUUUUUGAAAUUAAAAAAAUGUCCAUCUUCUGAUAUUUUUGUUAAGUCCCACCAUAAUGUGUAGAGAAUUCAAUCUCUUAUUUGGCUAUAUAUGGCUCAUGACAAACAAUGCAUAACAAAGGACGACACCAUUAAUUAAAUACAGUAAUAAAGAACAAUACCCAAACUAUUGCUAAUUACAAAUAAUAAUUUAUUAAGUUAACUUUACAAUAUAAAAUCAAAUAGAAUAAAACUAUUCUCUCACAGUACAUUAAUGAACUGGUACCGGUACAAUUUUGGGAAGGUGCACACACAUACAAUAAAUAGAAUAAACAAAUCUACAGUUAGCACAGUAUGGCAAUCUAUUAGUCUCUCUCUUUGCCUCACAGUCUCUCUCUGUCAAUCGGCUUAUUUAUAGUUUUUCAUAGAUGAUUUUCCUGAAAAGGGGUUACGCAUUGUAUCUGACCUAGGCCCAUCUUGUAGGUUCCAUAGAAUUCGACUAUAUAGUCAAGGUCAAGGGAGACCAUUUAUAAUUACGCCACACCCAUCAUCGCCAAACCUGGAGUUACCCAGAGCUCAUACACGCAAUGUACAAGAAACAUGAUGUAAACAAGGCAAGCUUCUACUGUAACAUUUUCUAGUGACAAAGUUGAGAAAUGAAAAAUCUGUGACCCAACCCAUAACUUAAUUUCAGUUAUAUUUUAUUUCCUCAGGAUUACUCAAAAUUUAUGGAUGACAACUUUGAUGCUAAAGAUUGGGUCAAUGCAGCAUUUCGUAACCAGAAAGAUUCUGGGGUUUCCAAAGAUGUAGGUACAAUCUUCUUUGCAUUAUUAAAAAUUAUGUUGUAAAAUCCCAAUUUUAACAUGAUAAUUUAUAGUAUGAUUAUUUAUUGAGUUAUUUAAAGUGAUAAUACACUAAUCAUUUUUAUUCAAAUGCACAUUAUAGACAGGGGAGUGGAGAACUGGGGCUUACCGACUGAAAUUGUGACUUUCAUUUAAAUCAUUUUUAAAAAGUAUACCAAACAUUAUCUCCAAGACUUAUGAUGCUUGAUCAACACAUCAUGAUAGCAUAGACAACACUAUAAUUUUUCACUUACAAAUAACAUUAUUUAUGUAUUCAUUUUCAUUCAGCAAUUUGCCACAACAAUGGUAAUGAAGCUGCAAGUUUUUAUUCAGGUUAGUAAAUGUAAUCCCUGAUAGUUGCAGUUCGUAUUAGCGUCUUAAUUUUUUAUUUGAAUCAAAAACUUUGAUGAAUCAAAGUAAAAUUAAUUGAUUUAACUUAUUUAAAAAAUAAGAAAUAAUGUUGAAUUGGACAGUAAUUCAGUGGCGUAGCGAGGGUGUUUGGCGCCCGGGGACAAGAUUCGCGCCCAGGGACAAGAUCCAUUUUUAGCGCCCCUUUUUCUUUUUUUUUCAACUCUCAAACCCAUUAUUUUCAUCAAUAAAAUAAUAUCAAAGCGCAUUUUGGCGCCCGUAACUAGCUGGCGCCCGUGGACAUCUGUCCCCCCCUGCCCCCACCACGCUACGCCUCUGCAGUAAUUUAAUACUAUUUAGUUCAUUUUUUUUUCAGGAGGUGAAUAAUAUUUUAGAAGAAGCAAGUCAGCAAGCAUUACAGAAUUUGCCAAGGUAAAUUUAUAUCAUAUACUUAUUGUAAGUUAAAGUUUAUAUAAAAAUAACUAAAAAGAGGCUAACUUAUAGGUUUUUCAUUUGUAUUUCUUGUGUCUAUGACUUAAAUUAUAUUUUGCUUAGAGUUACUCUAUGCACAUGUCAAAUUUUACUCUGUGAUUUUUAAAUUGCUCUUGUUUUGCUUUAUUACUCAAGGAAAAACAGGAGAAACUGUAGCACUUACCUUUACAUAUUACAUUUUUGUGAUAAGUGUUCAUUUUCCAAAGCUCUUAAAUCUUGACAAGAACCCCAGAAAUAAUUUAAAGUUUUUCCCUCAAAAUAAAGAGUCGUAAGGGAGUUAGAUGCAGUCAAGCAAGAGGCAGCAUUACUACAAGAUCAAAUGAGGGUGGUCAAACAAGAUAUUCAGAAGGUGAAGUAAUCAUUUAUUAAGGUCAGUUCACUCUUGGUAUGCACCAGGUGUGAUGAACACUACAUGCAUGUUGAAUUUCCUACCUAAAUUAUAUACUGGUUCCUCUUAUAUUAGAUUAUAAUUUAUCAUGAUGAAAACAAAGCUUUUUUUUUGGGGUGGGGAUGCUAUAGAUAAAUAGAUAAAUAAGUUGCACAAAAAAUAAUUUAUUUCAAAAUACCUUUUAGGUGGAACAAGAUACAUCACAGUCCAUGCAAGUGCUGCUGAAACUGGACAGAAUAAAAUCCCGUAUGAAAACUACUGCAGAUGCUCUGAAGGUCAUUAGGAAAUUUAUUUCAUUGUUAUCAUGGAUCUCUGUAUAGCUAUGUAAAUAUUUAAUUGCAAUGUGAGCAGGAUUUUAUAUAAUCAAAAUUACAUUUCAUGCUUCUAAUUUGUACAGGAGGCUGACAACUGGACCACUCUGAGUGCUGACAUGGAUGAAGUUUUCCAGUCUCAGAACAUUGAUGAUGUGAGUUAUCUCUUUGCAUUGUUGAUGUUGAGAAUCCAGAAAUUGUUAACAGCUAAUUUUUAGUAUGCUUCACCGCAAGCUAUAUUGUUGUCUGUGAUAAUACAAAAAAAUGAUCUUUAGGAGAGCUAAAGCUGAUUAUAUUAAUAAUAAUAAUAAAGUUUAUUUGAAAAAUACGCUUGAUCCCCAAAAGCUCGAAGCGCGAUACAAAGUCAACCAUAUUAAAAAGAGAAAUAAAAACAAUCUAAAAUUUACCACAUUUAAAAACAGACGCAACCAUAUAAAACUACAUACAAGCAUACCAAGUCAAAGUCUUUCAUCCCAUUUCAACCAUAAGCAACACAAGCCAAUAUACAUUAACUGAAAAAAGAUGGUAGAAAGCAUCACCGCAGAAGGUGUUUACGAAAUAGAUGUGUUUUUAAAUCGGUUUUAAAGGACUCCAGUGUCUGGCUGUUUCUGAGAGCGACUGGAAGGGCGUUCAAAAUUAAUAGAUCUGUUUUUAUAACAACACUGUGUGUUAUUGGCUAAUCAAGGAGUAGUUGAUGUUGUUCACAUUGCUUUUUUUUCUAACAGAUAACUACCAAACUAUGUGGAAUGCAACAGAGUCUUGUGAGUACAUAUUUAAAAGUUUAUUCAAAAACAACUGUGGUAUUAUCAAAUUUAUGUCCUAUUCCAAACUUAAAAAUAAUUUGCUUCUUUAAAAAAACAAUGUUUUAAAUAUACAUAUAUAUAUUUCAACAAAGUAAAAAUAAUAUAUAUAUAUUUUUAUAUAUAUAUAUAUAUAAUAUUUAUAUAUAUAUUUUAUUUUUUUAAAAUUUAUUUUAGCUGAUGUUAGUAGAUACUCCAGACUAUGUAGACAAGUGCCAGCAUCUAGAGAAUCUAAAGAACAGGUUGGAGGCAAUGCUCAGCCCUCAGCUCAUCUCUGCAUUCAACUCUCAAUCUUUAGGUUUGUUAUUUUUAUUAUUUAAAGGCCGAAUACUGUCCGCCUCAUUGUUUGUUCCUGGCCUGAUAAUAUUUGGUAGAAAGGGUUCAGUCAGACAUUUUUAAUAAGAAUAUGAAAAGAAAAAAAAAAUUUAAAAAAAAAACAAACAAAAGAAAUUAAGAAAAAAAAACAACAACAAUAGAGAUAGGGUAAUUUUAAGGGAAAAAAGAAGUGUGCCAGUGACUAAACUCAUGAGGGCUAUUGCUUACAGAAUUUUUUUUUGUAAGAUCCCAAAUAAAAAUUCUCAAAUUAUUCCCUCUUUAAAAAAUAUUUUUCUUGAAAUCUGCCAAAUUUCUUGGUACAUAUUAUUUGUUAAAAAAAUACAUAUAACCUGAUUGAUGUCUGCAAGAAAACAGUUAUUGCAGAGGGAUAUAUUAGCUGCUAUGUUAAUAAUUCUACUUCAAUCUGAUCAUUUUAAAUAUAAGUAAUAAGAUUUUAUAUUAUCAAAAUUAGAUUUAAAAUUACAUGAUUUGGGGAAUUUAUUUAAAAAAAAUUAUUUACAAGAACAACAAAAAAAAAAAAUUAUAUUGUAGUUUUUGUUGUCAACUACAUAAAAUGCAGUCCAACCUGGAUAUCUUAAGUUUCACUAAAUUUGAAUAAUAUGGAGUGAUGAUUUUUUGUUAAAUCUGUAGCAAAAAAUAAAUGAAGACUUGUACAGUCUUGCAAAUUUAAAACAUUAAUCGUCUUUUGAAAUACAAGUUUUGAAGUGUUUAAAUCAUGUUGUGACAUGUCUUAUCAUAGAACAAACUCAGAGAUAUGUGAAGAUAUUUGAAAGUAUUGAAAGACUGCCACAACUGAUCAAGUACUACCACAAGUGCCACAAGGUCAGAGAAAACAAUGCAUGAAUUUAAAAAAAAAAAUUAAAAUUACUUCCUUUAACAUUAAUUUUAAUACUGAAUAAUAACGAGCUAAAAUUUAUCUUAAAAUAAAUCUUGGGAUAAAAUACAUUCUGAUACAGGCUAAGGUUCAGUAACUCUCUUUUCUAUUAAAACAAGUUAACUAUCCAGGAAGCUAUUGUUUGUGUUGGUCUUUCUGAUCUCAUUUAAAAAAACAACUAAAUAUUUUUAUACAUUUGAAAUCCUAGCCAACCAUCCUGUAUCUAUUUAAUUCUUAUAAUUUUUAUACAAAAUUGAUAGAAUUUAAUCAUUAAACUUUUGUUUGAGGUAUGCAAUUAUUCAAGAUAUUAUUUAUUAAGGACUUUUGUAUUCUUAAAUGAAGUUUGAUCUUUAUAUUUAACCACCAUGAUCUUCAGAACAAUCUGCUACAGACCUGGAAAACUGCCUGGGAUGCCAACCAAACAAAAACUGUGCUUAGUGACCUCUAUGACCUGCUUCUUUCCACAUGGCACACUCAAGUCAAGUGGUCAUCGCAGGUUUUCCCUGACCCUGUCAACAUUGUCCUUGACCUUCUGAGCCAGACUUUAAACGCUCUUAACCCAUCCCUUCCGUCAGUGUUCACCAUUUUGGUUGGUGAGAAAGACAAGCCCCUGGACACACUGAUAGAACUUAAACAGGUGGGUCACUCUUAUGGGGCAAAGGUUUGAUAUGUGGGUCUUGUUCUAGGGUUAUCUUAAGGUAAUCAUGGCUAAGGUGUUCCAGGAUUAUCUUAAGGUAAUCAUGACUAAGGUGUUCCAUGGUUGUCUUAAGGUAAUCAUGGCUAAAGUGUUCUGGGUUAUCUUAAGGUAAUCAUGGCUAAGAUGUCAAUUUAAUCUGGCAGUUUUGAUUUGUAAGUGCAGCUCCUAAUAGACAUUUGGAGUCGUCAGCUGAAAACUGAAAUUAUGAAACUGGGUGGCACGAGCAGUAAGACACAUGACAAAUAUCUAGUGACGACCUAAGUAUCUCAGUAAAAGCAAAUGUCCAGACACAUCCCAAACUGUGGCUAAACAGGAUCAAUAUGCAAGCUAAACAAAGCCACACACAGAAAGGAAUAUGAAAGGAUAUCUUAGCAUAAAAUAUGGAGAAAUAAAAAUUUGUAAAAUACCAGAGAAAAUUUACAUCUAUUAGAAAACUCUUGAUUGAGAGCAGUAUAAUCAAUUAUUUAAUUGCUUAAUUUUGAAGCUAAAUGUAUUUAAACCUGUUUUGACCUUUAUUACGUGUUUUAGCCUUGCAUAACCGGUAAAUUAGCAGUGAUUAAUCAGAUAAAUUUGCCGAUUCCUGCAAGUCAUCGUAUGUUUUUAUCACUUGGUUUUUAAUUAUUUCAUUUCUUUGGAUACACGACACCAUAAAAAUAUCACAGUUUUGUUCUGUGGUGACAUAACUUGCUUGUUGUGACGUAACCAGCUCUUUUAAUAUAUUUAUUUCAUAGCCAUACUUUUGAUAUGUCUCUAACUUUCUUACAUCAUAUGGGUUGCGUAUGAGUGAUUUAUUGAUAAUCAUAUGCAUGUUGACCAUAGCCUUAAAGCUAAUUAACUUUUAGAACAUUGGAGUAUUCUAAAAUGUCUUUAGCUCUUCAUCUGAAAAUAUUUAACUGUUUUGCAGUUUAUAAUCAUUUUCAUUUGAUUAUUUUUUAAACAGAUUUCUGAUAGAUGUGUUACAAAUCUUGAGAAUGCUUUGAAUACUCAUGUUCAAGGUAAGUAGGCACAUUCAUCCUAUAAUAAUUUCUUUACAAAUUGUUUUCCAGAUUCUUCCAUUUAAACCUGCAACUUUCACUUAUCUUCAACUAUGAUUUAGUCACUCCUUACUCCAAAUUUUGCGUUUAAUUCUUGGUCAGUUACUCUAGCAGUAACACUCAGAGAUGAUUGAAUGAAAUGGGAUAAAAAGGAUUUUAUUCAUAAUGUGAUGCAUUUUUUAAAUUCAGUCUCAUGUCAUCUCCUCAUUGUAUAAAAAUACCAAGUCUACGCCCUUCAAACUCUUUAUCUGUUGAGAUCUGUGUUAAUACAUUUUAAGAAUUGUUUGUAAACUGUUCAAUAGUCUAUUGAUCAUUAUUGUAUAAAAAAAAAUAUUUUGUAAGAUAAUAGAGUUUAAAAGAAACCAACAUUGAAAUUCCUAAUUUGUUGUUUUUAGGCUCAAGUUUUGAACAUUCCAUUAGCCUCCAACAACUCCUGAAAGCCAUUUACAGCCCAUAUCAGUCUUAUACCAACAAGUAUAGGAUAUUUGAAGAGGUUGCAUUAACCAAACACCUGGACACAAUCAAGCUGGUAAGCUGUUUGCUAAAUACUGUUCCAGUGAAUUUUAACUUUUUAACUUUUUUUUAUUUUUAUACACACAUUUUGAUAAAAUUAUUUUUAAAUUCUGAUAAAAAAUGUAAAUCAAAACAAUGAGAUAAAUCAAAAUAAGUUAUCAUUUACAACAAUGUUUAAUAAAAAAAACAAUAACUCAGCAGCUUCAACAUGGAAAGUAAAUGUAUUUGUGACGUUAAAUUUUUUACUUGUGUUCCUGGAACAGGAUCAUGAAGAGGUCAUUGACACAGUUCAACUUCUCUCAGAGUCUGUGACCAAACUUUUCUCAGCUGCCAUAGCAGUAAGUUUGAAUGAUCAUGUUGUAUUUGUGUGCUGCACUCAUUAAGCUGUCAAUCUAUUUUGAUAACAGAACAAAAUGAAUUCAACAUGAGGCGUAAAUAAAUCUUUAUAAAUUAGGUAUGUUUUGUUUGAGAUGCACAAAUUUCAUCCUGGUGAAGCUUCAAAGACCACUUGUCUACAUCAAUUCUUACAAGUUAUAUAUUAUACGUUACAUUCCAGCAGUUGAUUUCUUUGGUAAUAUUUCAUAGGCUCUUAUACAAACGAGACACUUGGUCAACCAAUAAAAAAACAUAAAUGUACACUUAAUCUAAUUUAGAUAGCAGGAAAGUGUACCAUUACGAACAGUUCAAUAGCUUGGUUGUCUAGGGUAAUUUAAUUAUUUAACAAACCAAUGAUUCAAUGACAAAAUGUCUCUUUAUUAAAUAAACAUCUUCAUUACUACCACCCCCUUACUAACUACUCCAUCACUGCUGCUGAAAUCAUGACAACGUCAUUUCCCAUACCCAAAUACGUCACAAAAUACAAAGCAUAUGGCAACAGGUAAACAAAUGCUCUCAGCACCAAACUAGGUCACCCGCAAACACCAACAGAUCUUUAACAUGUACCUAUAUCCAUAAAAUCUAGAUAUGAGAAAUCUUUUUUUAAAAUGUUUAGUGCUAAAUUUUGUUCUUUUUUGUUUUGUUGUUGUUGUCAAAAGGCCAAUGAGAGAUGUCAACAACUAACCAAUGGUUUCUGUUACCUUGGUUUGUUGGAUGCCUAUAAGGCAAGUCAUUUUAACUUCAGUUUGUGACCAAUUCAUUUUAACUAGUUCAUGAACAUGUCAUUUUUAACUAGUUUUUGCACAAGUCAUUUUAACUACAGAUUGGGACCAAUUCAUUAUUUUAAACUAGCUUGUGAACCAGUCAUUUUAACUAGUUUGUGAACAAGCCAUUUUUUACUUAGGCUUUAUAAGCAAAAAUCUCCUUUUUAAAUUUAAAACAACUUAGAUAAGUUAUAACACUAAGCAGUUUUCGUAAUAUUUUUUGUUGGUAAGUAAAAUUGUUUAUCAAUUAUCUAGACCUACUUUACUGCCUACACAAGAGAAUUCAGACGAGUGCUCAUCAACAUCAGAGAAAAAUGUCGCACUGGUUCAAAAGCAGACUCUGAAGACUGGUCUGAUUUUCAAAAUUCUCUGAGGAUCGUCCAAACUUGCGGUAAGCUUGUACGUUUAAUUUAAUCCGAUAAUAAUUGAUGGUAAAUUUGCUGUUAGUUCACUCACAAUUUUUAUGUAAGUUAUCUCAAAGAAAUAAAAUGAUAAGAUUCUUUCAGCCACGUAGGAUUACAUAUGGAUUAUUUUCAGUAAGUGCAGCAGAUAUUUACUCCUCUAAAUAUAUGGUUAUUAAUUUCUAUCUGAUAAUUGCAUCUUUAGUAAAAUUAUUAUUAUUACAGUUGUCUUAUAUAGCCCAGUACCCCAUCAUAGGGCUGGGCUCACAGUGCAUAACAUAAAAAUAUUGGCAAAAAAUAAAUAUGACAUUAAAAAGUUACAUACAUUUAUUUAAUUUAAAACAGCUUUAAGAAAGCAAAAUUCAACCCACCCUUAGUAAAAUCAUGUAGUUUGGAUAUUUUAUUCAUACAAAUAUUUCUUAUUGUUUUUAUUUUGUAGCUCCAAUACAGUAUUCAGGCUUAUCAAUGAUAUGAUUAAGAUUAUCUUCAUCAGGUAAUCUCCUGAUGCAAACAGAGGACCUGGAUGCUGUAGUGUCCAGCAGUGUACUUCACAGCCUAGGUCACCUGGUCACAUGUCAUUCACCAGUCAAAGAAGCCAUUAGUUUGUAUGUACCUUAACAAGGCACUAUUGUGUUUUCACCCAAUGACAAAGUCUAAAGUUCUGUGUUUAUCAGUUAUCCAUUUAAACAUAAGUUGUAGAGCUAUUGACUCAAUAGUGAUGCAAUGGGGGGGGGGGUUGAUUUGACUUGGUGAUAAAAUAGUGUCAUUAAAUUGUAGAUAGAAAAGUAGAUAAGACUUGUUUGAGAAAAUAGUGGGGAAGGCUUUUUGAUGAAACUGUGGUUGAUUUAUUGAAUAAAUAGCGAUAUCUUCUAUGUACAAUAAUAACAUGUAAGGAUUUUUUUUAUGUUAACCCACCAGAGUUGUGUCAGCAUCACACACAUUCCAGUUCCAAGCCUCCAUUUUCCUAAGCUCUCACAAUGAAGUUGAAGCCAUUGAGGCCGUGGUACACAAACUUGAAGAUGGUUGGUGUCCUUCUUUUAAAAAAAUUCAUUUUUUUGUUUGUUAUCUGAUUUUAUCAUGAAGAUUUGAAAGAGUACUUUAUAUUCAUCAAAAUAGCCACUCAGAGAAGCCUGAAAUAAAUCUGUAAGAGUUGAUGGCUAUGCUUGUCAUAGUCUUAUAAUACCUUACAACAAUACAUCUCUCUAGAAUACAUUAAUGAUUUUUUUUUUUUAAAGUUGGCUGGACAAGACCAAAAAUAUUUAGCUAAAUGUGUGAUUAGGCAUCAUCAAUCAAGCCUGUCUGAUAUUCCUCACACACAAGAACUAUAAUUUCUUUAACACUCAUGCAAAAAUUUAAAAGAUAUAUUUUGAAAAAAUUAAGUUCAGUUAAAAAAACCACAAUCUUUGUGCUUAUAAUAUAAUUUUUAUAAUCAUACUUUUUAAAUCAUAGACCAUAAAGUGAUUAUCACUUUAUUUAUUAUAUGUAAAAAGUUCAAGACACCGCAUUGGAAACUUGUGUGGAAAGCAAAAUUUGAAGUUUGUCUUGUAAUUUCCUAAAGGUGAAAGUCCUCCAGUGUUUGGUGAGAUCCUCAAUGACCUGAGCAAAUUGAGUGGGGAGGUCCAUAAGUUUGCAUUUGACAUAGUCUUUAGUCAGCUGAAGACAUAUCUCAGCAGUGUUUCUUCAAUGGAGGUAAAUCAUAGUCUGACCAAAUAAAUCUUUCCCCCUGUGUGAAAAAUGAAUUUAAUGAAAAAUAAUGUCAUAAGAUUGUAUGAAGAGAAAAGUUAAACUGUUAUUAUCCUGUUAUCAUCCUGCUAUUAUUCUUUCUGCCAGAUCUGGACCUCCCAGAGUGCUGGUGGAGCUAUGACAUCUGACCUCCCUACUUUCAGCCUGUCCCCCCAAGAGUACAUCACAAAGGUCUGCUCAUUGUAUUUCUUUGGCAUGUCAUCUAUCGUUAUAUACAAAAAUAUAUAAUAGCCUCAUCAUCUGCACUUAAUUUAAAUCAUAUUCUCAUGCCUGAAUGUCAUUUGACACCUUUUUUUUAUGUUGAUCUACCUGUUUCUAUCUAAUUUAACAUCAUUGAAUAUCCCCGUGUCUCGUAAUACCACUUAAUUUGUUUUUUUAGGUGGGUCAGUACCUAAUGACACUGCCACAGCAUUUGGACCCGUUCACCUUACAAGACAGCCCAGCCCUAACAGUGGCCCUGAAGCAUGGCAGACUUCCAUUCACUAAUCAUCAAGGUAUAAAAUCUAAUUUAGUGCUGAUAAGCUGCAGGAGAUCAAUGUUUUAAAGAUAUUUUCACGCCACACCUUUUGAUCUUUCAAAUUUUUCCUGUCCAGCUGAAGUGCCUGAGCAUCUGGCAGACUUGUGGCUGGAGUCUGUUGCCAUGGGAACCAUGCACACUUACACAGAGGAGAUUCUCAAGAUACCACAGGUGACCCCCCACGGAUGUAAACAGCUGAUCACAGAUAUAGGUAUGGGGACUGCUGGUUCAGUUGUAUUAACUCACAUCUAAUUGAUUUAUAUCGUUACAUUUUAUUAACUAUCCUAAAUGAAUAUGAUAAGAAAUCUUUUAAAAUUCUAUCACAAAAGCUCAAACAGCAUGCAGCUCCUUAGGAAUUUUAACACCUCAGUAGAUGAAUUAUACAAUAGCUAUUUUUUUUAUAUUAAACCAUGUAGAUAAUGUUAUAGCCAUAUUUUUAUAUUUGCAUAAACCUAAUUUAUGCAUUAUAUGCAGUUUUUUAAAUAAACUUUAUUUAUGUUAAAAAUGCAGAUACUGCUCCAUAUAGCACUUUGAAUUAUAAAGCUAUUCAAAUAAACAAUCGUUCUUAGAUUUUCCUUUCCAAUUUUAAAUUGGAAAAAAAAACAGAAUCUAAAUACACAGAUAAUUUUUAAAUUGAAAACUGUUAUAAAAUUAUACAAAUUCAUAUAAUAAUAAUUUUUUUAUUGGUUGUCAUUAAAACAUUAAAUAAAUUUGAUUUUUAUCUAAUCCUUUUGUCUUUAAUUAAUGUUGCCAGAUUAUUUGUGCAAUGUGCUCGAGGACUUGGGCCUGAGGGCCUCUGAAACCUUAAACAACAUCCGCACACUGCUGCAAGUCAAGCCGGAUCAGUACGCUGACACCGCUGAAAUUCUGCCUCAGCGGGUGUCUCACACAAUCAGCUACAUGCGAGGCAUUCAGCUGUAAUGCUUCACAAUGUUGUUGACUAGUUAGUUUAUGCAAAUAAAUUAUUCAGGCGAUUCUAUUGGUUAAAAAACAUUUAUGUUAUAUAUUCAACAAAAAAGAAGAAAAAAAAAAACAGCUGGGGGAUUAUUUCAUAAAUGGUUAUCAGUAUAAUUUAUUGUUCUUCAAUGACUAGUCUUUGCUGAAUUGUUUUUAGUUAUAGAAUUAGACCCAAAAAAAAUAGCUGAAACACAUUGUCAAAAUUUUAAAAGUAAAAUUAUAAUCAGCUUUUGAAGUAAUAAUAAAGGAAUACUUUUCUAACAAUUCGUUUUGCGUUUAUAGAAAUGUUCACAGAUGUUUUAUCCAGUUGUAUAUGACUGUAUAUAACAGGUUUCGUAUAAUGAAGUCGUUUCUUAAAAUGUGCCAUUGCAUCUUUCCAAGCAUCUUUCUUUGUGAGUUUUAAAAUAGUUAACUGUGCUGUAAAUAGAAAAAUUAUUGCCAGGAAUGAUGGCUGACUAUUUUUGUCUAUGCUGAAUGCAGGUAUGCAUAUAUAGUGUUUGAAAUUUUUAAUGCUUUCAUUUUUGGCUGGUUUAUCAUGUUUUUUGGUUUGGGGUGAGAAUACAUUAAGUGAAGUGCAAUUAAGGUUUUAAGCACUCACAAAUAUAUAAAUAUUGUAUUGGCAUGCUUGUUAUAUAUGGGAGAUAACCAAUAAAAUGAAUCAAAUUGCUUUUGAUUUGUAUUUUGUAUUUUGUAUUUAAG